AUGUCGUCUCUCGAUGAAGGCCCUCAUGAUGAAAGCGUAUCCUCUUGGGAUUCAACUGAGGAUCAAGUCUCUGAGUUAAGGUCCCUUCAGGACCUCACGAUCAUUGAAUCUUUCAGUCCAGGCACAACCGUGCCCAAGCACACAACCUUCUACCACAUUACGAGCGACGAAAGAUUAUACUUCGGUCAAACGUCCAGAAACAAAAAAGAGCUCACGCUCCAAGAAUUUAGACAUGCUUUGGAGCGCAUUCCUGAUGAAGAGGUCUACCCCAACAUACCAUCACAACCACCUCUCACCAUCGCACCUGACAGCAUCGACCAACCGACCUAUAUCAAGCGACCCGGGCUGAAUAGCUUCGAGGAUAUGAGAGGCACACCAUUUGUCCCCAAGGAAAUCCUUCAGGAGACGCUCAUCAUGGAGCAGAUCUCCCAGACGGUACAUCCCAACAUAAUUCGCUACUAUGGCUGUCGAACUCGCCGCGGCCGAAUAUGCGCAAUCGUCUUGGAGGAACUUGAGCAGACGCUCUCGCAGUUCAUUUUGACAACGGAAUUCGACACGCUGGACAGGACCAAGUUUGCAGACGGCAUAGAAUCGGCCAUUGAGUAUCUGCACUCUCUGGGUCUAGCUCACAACGAUCUCAACCCGGACAACAUCAUGGUCAGACGCGGCAAGAACGACGAGAUCCAGCCGGUGCUCAUCGACUUUGGGUCCUGCCAGCCGUACGGGAAGCCGCUGGACUCGCUUGGGACUGUCGGCUGGUAUGACAAGCCCUUCUUCCACUCGGAACUGGAGCAUGAUACGUUCGGCCUCGCCAAGCUCCGGAGAUGGCUGGAGAAGCCUGAGUGGGGUUCUGCAUUCGACUUACACUGUUAA